AUUUAAGAAGGUUGGCAUUGCGCAUGCGAAAAAUCAAAUUCGGAAACGGUUGUUAGUUUUAUUUUUAUUCCAAGGGGACCAGGGCGCUUCGCGCCGACACCAUUUUUUGAUGGUCCAUAUCGGCGACUAGGGACACUACGCCGACCGCGCUCACAUCGCCGACAAGUGUACAAGAGACACUAAGCCGAACGUGACCAUAACGUCGACUCAUACAACAGUUCUUAAUGAAGCUGGACGGUGGCAACACCAAGCAGAUUUUGACGAAUCUAGAGGACAAAGAGAGAAAACAUUCUGUACAUAAAGAGCAUUUAAAUCGGGAACGCAGAUAUCUCCGACGGCGUUUGGAACAAUUAUCUGCACACCACUCGCUGUCGAAACGACGUUCCGUAUCGGAAUGUUCUACGUCGACGGUAUCGAGUACCUACUCCAUUGCGUCAUCCUUCUCGUCUUUGGCGUCACCUAUAUCUGAACCAGAUGAAGUCGACGUGAUUGGUUAUACUAGUAAUCAAAGUGAUACGGAUGAUCAUUCAAGUGUGCAGUCGGGUUCAAGUGAUAGUGGAGUGGCGAUGUCAACUAGUCGCUUAACAUUGUCUGAAAUGGAAGUACUAUAGAAAAUCGAAUAGAGGUUGUUGACGCGUUCUGAGCCAGUACCGAUUAUCACAUAUAUCGCGUCUCCUCUAGUCAAUGAACAUCACGUCGAUUGCUACUGUAUUUGCCACCUCGGCCACCUAUCAUCGUAUUCACUACUAUAAUAUAUAAAUUAUUUAUGUAUAUUGUACAUAUUUUAAAUUAAAUACCAUAUUGUAUAUGUAAAGGGGCAAUUCUCAUGCCCCCAUGGGCUGCACACAUUUAACUUACCACUAGGAGAUUAUAUACUUGUGUCCUCCUGUAUAACAUAUACAUAAGUAGGAUUGUGGGCCCACACAUUUCGAAUCUGCCCCUAUGUGGGGGUUGAUCCUCCUUCUAUUUUCCUUCUUUUGUAUGUGUCGAUAGGUACCAAUUUUAACUCCGUAUGGAGUUUUUGUGUAUAAAAAAAAACGAAAGUACUGUACAGUGUUAGGAUAUUUUCUGUGUGGAGAAUGGAGAGGUGACUCCAUUUUUCCUCUCAUCGGUUACAGCAUUCUAAGAGUACAAAUCCUUUAUUUAUGCCUCAUUUGUGGGGAAAUUAUAUUUUAUAUAAGUGUGAGUGGGAAACCAAUGUACUGUGGCCUCCCAUUUACGUAAGAACUGAGUGUGAUUGUGUGUGUGAAUGCGUAAACAGGUAAUUGCACAAAUAAGGAUACCAUCAGAGAUGCAUAAUUUAUAUCCACUUUAGCAGCUCUCUUACAAAAUAAUUUUUUUAGCAAACAUAAUAGUUGUGUACGGAUAUGUGUCGAAUUGACUUGCUAAUGAUACAUGAAGAAGUUGGUGCGCACUGACAGGCUGGUUUUACCAUCUUGCUACAUCUUUUGUAAAUGUUUGCUUCUCUUAGCCUGCAAUUUGCAUAUUUGUAAUUGAAUCAUUUCUGUAAUAACUUGCCAACAAACUGCUUUCUUGCAAACAAAAAAAAGUAUAUUCAUUCAUUCUUAUAUGCCACUUGAAUUAUUGAUACGAAAGUAAACAGAACAGUGAUACUGUAGCCAACAGCAGCAGUAUAAAUUGAUACAGUUUUUUCAGAAUUCUAUUUAGUUUAGUAACUUUGGAUCAUAGUAGCUGUAUUUGUCAUUUCACAUGGAAAAUACUUUGUUGCUGAGAGCCAAGAAGAAAAAUUUGUUUGCAAUUUGGGCUACAUCACAAUCUUCUUAUUAGCGAGUAACACUUGUGAUAUAAAUGAAAUAUUGGCAUUAUGAUUAAUUAUAGGAUUUUAAAUGAUCUCUUACGUAUAUAUGUUUACUCACAUUACAACAUCAUCACAAGCAAAGUAUUUGAUAUUCAUGUAACUUGAUGUACAUUAUGCAGUACAAUAAAAACAAAAUUAAACUAAUAUUUGGUACUUGGUGAAUGUAAUUGCUUUUCGCCAAUAGUAAGAUUGGAUAAUGUCCUAUACAGAAUCAUGCUUUUCAUAGAUUUUAGAUUUCUUUGCACAAAACGAUUUUGUAAUGUAAUGGACGGGUGUUUAGCAUUAUGUAGCAAUUACAUCUUCAAAAUUGGUCUCAACUCUCAAUAUUAUAAAUCGGCAGAAUGCCUGGUAUGUGUUUAACAUUGUCAUGGUUGUUUGAGAUAUUGUUGUAUAUAUUUACUUGUAACUAUUCAUAUUGCAUUAUUCUGUUGUAUUUUAUUUUUGAAUUCUAUAAAAACAAAGGAGUAAAA